AUGGCUUCUCUCUCUCACCUAGCUUGUUAUACCAUCAAAUGUUCUUUCAAUAGAGAUCAUCAUGACCCACAUAAGCAAAAACUGAGUAAUAUCAAGAUAAAUGGAAAUUCUAGUUUGUUGACCACGACUAAGGUGGAUGUACUAAGCCAUAAAAAUGGAGCUGUUAGCACCACAGUUGCUCCGGGCACUGAAAAUGGCACUUGCAUCCCCAAAGAGGAUCGCCAAAAUAUUCCAACAAAGAAGCAGUUUGUUGAUCAUUACCGGCAAGGGCUCAUCAUUGAAGAGGGUGUUGGAUACAGACAGACUGUCGUCAUUCGUUCCUAUGAAGUUGGCACCGAUAAAACUGCAACAAUUGAAAGCAUCCUCAACCUUCUUCAGGAAACAGCAUUGAAUCAUGUAUGGAUGUCAGGACUCCUUGGUGAUGGAUUUGGUGCCACCCAUGGAAUGAUGAAAAACAAUCUAAUCUGGGUUGUCUCAAGAAUGCAGGUCGAAAUGGAUCAUUACCCAAUCUGGGGUGAGAUACUGGAAAUUGACACAUGGGUUGGAGCAUCAGGGAAAAAUGGGAUGCGGCGAGACUGGCUUAUCCGAAGUCAUGCCACAGGCCAUGUUUUUGUUCGUGCAACCAGUACUUGGGUUAUGAUGAACAAGCAAACCCGGCGUCUUUCCAAGAUGCCAGAGGAGGUGAGGGCUGAGAUUUCCCCUUGGUUUAUUGAGAAGCAAGCAAUCAAAGAAGAGGUGAAUGAAAAAAUUGAAAAGCUGGAUGAUAAAGCAAAAUAUGUCAACUCUGACUUGAAGCCCAAGAGGAGUGACUUGGACAUGAACCACCAUGUAAACAACGUUAAGUAUGUAAGAUGGAUGCUUGAGACCAUCCCCGAUCAAUUCCUCGAGAACCACCAACUGUCUAGUAUGACACUAGAAUAUAGAAGAGAAUGUGGAAGUUCAGCUAUAGUUCAAUCGCUUUGUGAACCUCAUGAAGAUGGAAUUAUUAAAGGAGUACAACAAGAUAAUAACAUGUGCCUAAUAAAUGGAUUUUCUAUGGCAUCAGGAAGCCUUGAAGGUAAUGGACUCCUAGCGUGCUUUGAUAAGGGGCCAUUGAGGUAUACACAUCUACUCCAAAUGACAGGAGAGGCCAAAAGUGAAGAGAUUGUUAGAGGAAGGACCUCAUGGAAAAGAAAGCUCUCUACCAUGCCAUUUGCAACCUAAUUAGCUUUGCACUCUGGUGAAUUUGAAGGGAUUUAGCAAGCUUAUCCAACAUGAAAAUUCAAGCAUCCUCAACCAAACGAGGGAUGGAAAGAAAUUGCUUUGGAGCACGAAGUGGAUUUGUUGCGCAUCUCAGUUUAUUUUCACAUUUACAGUUCAAGGUUCCAGUCUUAAGGUGAGAGUUCACCAGAAGGUACCACGCAGGACAAACUAAAUUGAUGGACGGGGCAAGCUUUGCAUGUAAUAAGUUGGAAUAUGUGUGCAUAUUAGGAUCCUAGAAAGAUUAGUUUAAGCAAAUUGUCCAAAGUCACAGGCAUGUACUUGUAUCUAAAACAUAUUCAAUAAAACAUUGGGUCAUGAAAUUUGCUA